CUUGCUGACACUCCCUGUGCUACCCUCGGCGUUCGAGGCCUCUUGGAUCAACUCAACACCACACUCAGAACAUCACACACCCUGACACCAUCUCUCUCCUCCCUUCUCGAAGAGUGCAUCGAAAACAACUACGACCUUGGCAUGGCAUAUGGCCGCCUCCGCCAAAUAUGGUACACCCGCAACUGGAGCACUACACGAGACACAUUGCGUAAAUGGGAAGAGGCGGACCGGGAGAUGCGACGGAAAGCACUCGUUGGUAACCGGAUCAUCAAUCCAAUGUUGCAACCUCGACGCGUGUGGGAUCUGUACAGCAAUCGGGUGGUGCCAUGGUGGUGCACAGGACUCGGAAGCUCCUCUUGUGGUGACUGGAAGUGGAAGUGGCCCGGGAUGCUUCGGCCGAUAUCUCAUGCAUGGGUAGAUGAGAAGGAUCGUGUCGAUGUGCAGACACCCAUCAACAGAUAUGAAUGGCCUGUUCCUAUCCCGAAGGACACUAGCCUCAACCUUGUCCGCAUUGAGAUGCUCAAUCUUCAAGUGGAAUAUGGGUGGUUGGACGUUCUCUGUUUGAGACAGGAGGGCGGACUGGGGGAGGACAUGCGCAGGGAUGAGUGGAAGCUGGAUGUGCCCACCAUUGGAGCAGUGUAUCAUCGGAGCAGUGUGGUGAUUUAUUUGAGUGGGCUGGGUCGGCCUUUGAGUUUGAAGGAGGGCGACUUGGAUAGUGAUAAGUGUUGGUUUAGACGUGCAUGGACACUACAGGAGGUUGGCAGCAGCAGGGUAAUUGCUGGGGACACACCAGAUGGACCACUGCAAGCCGAGUGUAAUCACGGGAAGUAUGAGACUCCGCUACUGACCAGGUUUCACGAGCAGCUGCAGUCUAUGAGUGGCAUGUCGUAUACUGGUGUGUUUGUGGCACUGAAGAGCAUGCAGAAUCGGGUGUCGACCAACCCAGUGGACAAAGUUGCGGGACUGGCAUUUCGUCUGCAGUCCAACACAAUACCGGCAUACUACGAGAGCGAGUCUCUCGAGGACGCAUGGACAGCACUCGUGAAUUCGAGGCAUGCGGGGGUUCGGGGAAUGUUGUUCUGCUUGUAUUCUGAACCAGGCAAUGCAGGCAGAAAAUGGAGACCAUCAUGGGACCAGGUUAUGACGAAGUCUCUGCCUGCAUAUCCUUACUCCAACAUCGACGUUGAUUGGAAUAAGAUGGAUGAAGACUCGUGUGGUGCGGGGUGCAUUGAAAAGGGGCUGGUGCGGGGGUUGGCUGUUGUGGAAGGGCGUGAUCGACGUGGGGAGUUGAUUGUUAAAGGCAAGGAUGGGAUGGAACAUGCAUUCAACAUCACGGCCACCCAUGAGUACCCGAUACCUGAAGGCACAUACACACUGAUUUGUGCUAAUAAAUGGAUGUUCCAAUGUUGGGUUGUCGGGCGAAGACUGCCAAGGGAAAGGUUUGAGAAAGUGUCGGUGUUGGAAAUUACCAAUAGAUAUGAAGCGAGUCAGUUAGAGGACCUGAAUGUUACUAAAAAGUGUCGGAAUAUUCUUGUUUGA